AAUUUAGUGAACGUUGUGUUUGUUUUAAAUCAAAUAAAUAUGGAUUUAAAAAUUAAAAGAAAAUCGGUACGAACCGCUUACACAAGUAAUCUUUUGGAAAGUUACCCACAUGACCUACAAAUGUAUAAAAUUCCUCCCGUAGAAGACAUAAGACUGCAGGAAUUUGAAACUUUGGCUUUAGAAAGGCUAACUUUAUUAAGAUGUCUGGCGACUGCCACAACUCUAAAAGGCUUACGAGUAUAUUCAGAUGAGUGGAAAGAUUUCAUCAUAAAUGAACUAAGGACGCAGGGUUUAAAAUAUUACGCUAAUUUAUGUGACAUGUCAGGUUGUGGAACCAAUGAAAGCGAUUUACUCGCGAGGCGUAAAGAUCACAUUGGGCAUUUUAUCCUUAGAUUGGCUUAUUGUAGAACGGAAGAAUUGCGCAGAUGGUUUGUUGCGAGAGAGUUAGAAUUAUUCAAAAUGCGAUUUAUGACAAUGUCGCCUAAAGCUGUUGAAGAAUUUUUUAAAAUAAAUCAAUUAUGCUACACUAGUAUUUCAGAUGAAGAAAAAAACGAAUUAAUGCCGUACUUAAGAGAAUCCACAAUGCACCAAAAGAUUGAUUCCCUGAAAUUUUAUAAGGUUAAAUUUUAUGAAGUUCUUGAUCUGGUAAAAGCACGAAAAGUUUAUAUACAAGGUGGAUAUGCAUACAUACCUGAUAAAGAUUUUAUUUCUGUUUUGUCAGCACAGUACAGGAUACACUUGAAACAAAGUUUAGCCAUUGCUUAUCAUCAUCUGGGAGAAAUUGAACAGGAUGAGAGGCUUGUUGGUUUGCUUAAAGGACUUCACCAAUCUUAUUCCGGAAAUGACUACAGCGAAACAAAAGUGACAAUCCCAAUUGAAUCCUUAGAUUCUCUCGCAGUUAAAUCAUUUCCUAUGUGUAUGAGACAACUUCAUGAGCAGUUAAGACUAAGUCAUCACUUAAAACAUAGUGGCAGGUUACAGUAUGGACUAUUUUUAAAAGGAAUCGGGGUAACUCUUGAAGACUCAUUAAGAUUCUGGAGAGAUGAAUUCACAAAAAUAAUGGAAUUGGACAAGUUUGAAAAGCAGUAUGCAUAUAAUAUAAGAUAUAACUACGGUAAAGAAGGUAGCAAGAGGAACUACUCUGCUUUUAACUGUUUAAAAAUUAUUAAUAAUAAUGUUGGUCCAGGGGAUUGUCAUGGAUGUCCAUAUAGACACUGUGAUCCGAGCAAUUUAAAAAAUAGGCUUAAAGGCUAUGGAAUAGAAAAUCAAGCUCUGAAUGAUAUAGUAGAGAUGGCAAAGAAGGGGCAUUAUCAAAUAGCUUGCAGUAAAUAUUUUGAUGCAGCUCACAACACUGAUCUUGGUCUGGGAAUUAAUCAUCCGAAUCAAUAUUUUGAGGAAAGUCAGAAACUUCUUAAUGUUGGCAAUAAGGUAGAAAUUAAGAAAGAAACAAAGAUAGUUAAAAAAGAAAAAACUAAUACUUUUGAAGAGAUGGAUUUUGAUGAAAUAUCUGAA